CCCACAUGAGGAACCAUCGAAUUUUUAUGGGGAAAAGCGAAGCGUUGCUUUCGUGACUAGCCAUUUGUUUACUUUUCUGGUGGUUUUAUCUCUCGUCUGUUUGGUGACUACGCAAAUAUUGAUAUGUGAAAAUCAGACUAUAUGAAGGCUUGAAAUUCUAUUACGAACGAUUGUGACCGCUUUGUUAAAAACAAAAGAUAUCAGCGUGACCCCUGUAGUCAUUAUCGCUCUAUCCUGAUUGACAACUGAAAGUGAGGCGUGUGAUAAAAUAUUUUAAUUUCAGACUGAAAAGAAAAACAGAAACGUUACUUUUUGCUUGUUUAAGUCUACUGAGUGCAAGAACGUUUGAUAUCUAGAUAAGAUCUUCCGAGAGCCAAAGGCAUUUGAACCGUCAUCAUGAUGAAACUCGGUGGAGCCUUCCUUCUUUGCCUUUUUCUUCCAGCCGUGUCGAGUCUAAACUGCUAUGUAUGCAGCUCAUCCAAAUCAUGGACAGACUGUACGAUGAAAAGCCACCAGUGUCCGUCUGGUUUUGAUAGGUGUAGUAAGGUGUAUCUCAGGACCGGCAGCCUCGAGUCUUUCAGAAAGUAUUGCGCCCCCAAGGCGGCGUGUACUCCGAACACGGACUUUACCUGCAAGACCGCUGUUGGAUCAAGUUCUUUCGAGUGCGACGUCACAUGUUGCGAUGGUGACCACUGUAACACUGGCUCAGCUAUGUUAAUCAGUAUUACCCUCUUGCUGACAUGCGGAUUGGCGUCUCUGUGGAUUGUUGUCAAAGACUGACAUUCAUUUGUGCUGUGACAUGAGGAAAUAUAUGUGCGCCUCCUUUAAUUUUAGGAAGAAAUGAAAGAUGUGAUUAUAACGUAGCUUCUCUUGACAGUCUCAAUACAUUUACUUUAAGAAGGAGCCUGCUUUAACAAUAAAAUGUUUUUGUAUGUUUUAUAUGAA